CGGAGGCUCAUCCUUCGUUGCCUCUGAGGAAUGCAAAGACCCAGCUCAGAAGUUUGAUUCUCUGCUAGGAUUAAGUCACGUUUUUGGGGAUGCAUGAGGGAAGGACAGACCAUUCAUUGUCCCAUACAUGGAUAUUGUAUCGCGGGCUGUCCUUUUAUUUAAAAUGCCUGACCUAAAAAAAAGGAUUUAGGGGAAAAUCUGUCAAGUGAGCAACUUUGCUUUGCGGUCGCUUACGCCCAUACCGAAGGAAAUCGUUUUAUAGACGUCGCGUAUGCUUGUCAAUUUGUCGAAACUUUGGUUCUCUAGUAAUUGAUUUUUAAAGACACUUUGGAACGAUGUUUCUAUCCUCAUUCACAGUAAUGAUCACCACAAUCAUCUUCAUUUUGAACACCGGUUGGUGUGAGAGAUUGCCUCCUCAACCGGUGAGGUCCACCCCAAUGCUGAUGAAGAGCUAUGGGACUCAUUCCAAACAUGAUCAUUGUCACUAUAUGCUUAAACAUCUUCAAGAUGGUGAUGAGAUCAGAGUGCACAUGCCUCUUGAUAUAGUGGGUCACUGGGUGUCGGAAAGCUGUGAGGUGAGACCUGGACCAGAGUUCCUCAUGCGAUCCUACCACUUCUACUCAAAUCACACCUUCCAGGCCUUUCAGUUCUAUUACCAGGACAACUACUGCACAGAGCCCAGCUACACGCUCCUCAUCCAAGGUACCGUGCACCCAAGGCAAGGCUCCUGGGUUGUCCGCGGGGGCACAGAGGCAGACUACCAGCUGAGUCGUGUGCUGCUGGUAAGCCAUAGCCCCACAGUGGCCAGAGAGCUACAGGCAAAACUGGCAUGGAGCUGUGGUCUGAAGGAACACCUGGAGCCGGCGCUCAGCUAUGAGGUGUGGGCUGAGGGCCCAGAGCACUCCGGUCGUGACUGCACCCGCAGCCUCGACUUCAGCAUGCAAGAGCUGCAGCUACUGCGUGUGGAGCGGCGCCAUCGCCAUGGCGACCCUGGCAGACAGGGGGAGGAGUUGUUCUUGGGAGACGUGCACACAGAGCACACUCAGAGAAGACUCCACAAGCCCUCAGGCUACCAACCCCCCAUGCUGAGUGUCAAGACAUACGAUCACACCUGUAUUACGUGUCGGCUCAUCUCUGCAGCUGAUCUUCACCAUCCACCCAUCCUGCCAUCCCAGAAUGAUCACCAUCUCCAGCUCUAUGGUAACUGGGUUAGCAAGCGUUGUGAGGUUCGCCCAGGGGUCCUCUUCCUCGUUCGCCAUUUUGUCUUCCAUGAGGAUAACAUUUGGGAGGGCCACUACUACCACUAUUCAGAUCCGUUCUGCAGGCACCCUACUUUUAGCAUCUCUGCCAGAGGACAUUACAGCCAAGGGGUUCCAUCUACAAAAGUCAUGGGAGGCACUGAAUUCACUUUCACAGUGACCCAUAUGAAGGUCACUGCCAUGGACAUGGCCACUACAUCCUUGCUGAAUAUCUUCAGUGGGGACGAGUGUGGUAAACAGGGCUCAUGGCAGCUGGGGGUCCAGCAGGAUGUGACAUACACCUCAGGCUGUGCUGCCCUAGGCAUCCGUCUACCCCACACAGAGUAUGAGCUCUUCCACAUGGAACGGGAUUCAGCUGGACACAUGCUCCUCUUCAAUGGCCAGAGACCUACCAAUGGCUCCAGCCCGGACCGUCCUCACAAGCGUGCCACAUCCUAUCAGCCACCACUGGUACACUGUAUCCCCAGCCAGGAAGGCAGUUCAGGUAUUGGAAAAGAAGGAGACCAUCACUUCAGGCUUGGGAAUGGCUCCAAGACCCAGUACCUGCACUUGUUCUGUGUUAUCUCUUUGGUUACACUUGUGUUCUCUGUCAUUUAGGAAGUAAUUAGGGAGUGUUUCAAUAUGGUGCAUGUUGUACCCCAUGACACAGAUCUGGUAUCAUUCUACUCAUUUGCUCAUUAUAACAGGAAUAGCUGGAGCGGUGGUGAAGUGGUCCUAGAUACAGAUGCUGAAAACUUUCAUUGGACUGUGAACCUAUGUCAGAGGAUAUUGUGGAAGUAUUUCAGUGACAUACAACAAUUUUUUAUGUUGUGGAAUUUGUGGCAUUUACUUGAACAUAUCCAAAUACAGGCAGCUUGUGCCCAUUAGGUGCUGUACAUGAGCAAAAUAGAUGACGAACAUUUAAGCACUAUCCGAUAUCCAUAGGAAGGUAUGCAUGUUGAUUUACAAUGACAUCCACUGAACUGUCUACCAAGGGGACCACCUCUGAAUUUCCCAUCAAAUGCACAAUGUGUGCAGAGAUGCCACACAAACACUGCAAUGAGAAUGUUAGAUAUUUUAUUUAACUUUCAUAUUUCCUCAAUGUUAAAUACCAUAGGACAGGACUGUAAGAGUAGUGAUCUUUAUUCAGUCAAUAGUCGCCUCACAAAUGAGGUAUAUAAUUUGCAUAAAGAAAAUGCUAGUAAGAUGUGUAUUUUUCAGGUGACAGUAGGAAAAAAUAAUGCAUAUGGAAGGAGGCACAUUUUUCCCAGCUAAGUUCUUCACAUUCAAGAAAUUAAAAUAAGUAAUUGAUUGUGAAUAAGAUUAUUUUACUGUCAAGUGGCCAUCCAGCAAGAUGUAGCAAAAUCCUUUUUUAAAUUGU